CCUCCACCUCUCUCUCUCUCUCUCACACACACUCAGGCUCACUCACCAAAGAGACAGUCUCUCUUUCUCUCUGCAAUGCCAUGCCAUUUUGCCAUGAAAGAAGAACAUGUUAUUGUGGGUCGGCGCAAGAGGCCGAGUACGAAGCUUAAGCUGGUGUGUAGCUUCAACGGUUCGUUUCAGCCAAGACCGCUCUCUGGAAAGCUCCGAUACGUUGGGGGAGAGACCCGAAUCAUCUCCGUAGACCGCUCCAUCACCUUCUCGAAGCUCCGUUCCAAGAUUUCGGAUCUUUUCCAAACCACCACGUCGUCUCCUCCAUCGUUUUCAUUCUCUCUCAAAUACCAGCUCCUUCUUCAUCCUCACAAAAAACACAAUACAGCCUGUAAUUCCGAAGAGCAUAAUGAUGAGACUCCUCCUCUUGUUUCUAUUGCCUCAGACGACGACGUUCGCUGCAUGGUCGAUGAGCUUGAUCAGCUUCACGGUAAGAACGCUAGGCUCUGGCUUUUUGUUUGUGCCAAUCAAUUUGUUUCUAAUGAUAAUGACAACAAGAAAGAUUGUAGCUUUGGUGUGUUUUGUUGUACUUGUGUUGGAAAUGGUGAAUUGUGUGUGAAUUGUGUGGGGAGGGAUAAGAGUUCAAAUGGGGUUUUGAGUGAGACCCAUUUGAGUUUUAAUGGAGAUCAGUUUGAGAGUAAGGUGGCCAAGAAUUUAGUGAAGUAUGGGGAUGAUUCUCUAAGGAAAAUGGUGUUAAAGCAACAAUUUUUGGCUAAGCAAAAACCGGGUUUUGUAGGUGGGAUUAUUGGGACUGAGAUGGGAAUUCCAUGUUUUGGUGAGAAAUUGAAAUAUGGUAAUCACCCAGUUGUGGGUUUGGUCCCUGAACCCCGGGUUUCAUUGAGGUCUAAUGGUGUAGGUGUAACUCAUGGUUUAGAGAACCGGUGUAGAGUGGAUGUGUUGGGUAAUAAGGUAGGGAGUGAGAGUUGUAGGAAUUUGAAUCCUUUGAAUCCGAGGGAUGGGAAUCUAUGUGUGGAGAAUAAUAGUUCUUUGCGAUGUUUGUCAGGGCUGUAUGGUCAGGUUGUGUCUAAUGGGGUUGGGAUGAAUGUUGGGAAUUUUGGUCAGUCAGUUGCUGCAACAGCAGCAGGGCAGCUUUCAAGGCAAUUGAAUGGUUCUAAUAAGGUUUCGAUGUGUAAUGGUUGUGAGGUUAAGGGGGAGUUCAGAAAUGUUGAGCAGGCAUCAAUGAGUAGACUGAAUAGGGAGAACAUUAUGCCAUGGGGUCCCAAUUGUAAUUUUUGUGAUGAUCAUUUGGUUGGGUGUGCUUAUCUGCCGAGAUCUUCUUGUACAGAUGAAAGGGUUUGGGGUGGCUUACAUAGUGGCAUCCGCAACCAUAGGUUUAGUGUAAAUGAUACUAGGAUUCAGCGGAUUUGUUCCAAUCAUGUAAGUAUCCAUCAGAACAAUCCGGUUGAGAUGGGGAACCAUCGGACUGUUAGGUUAGAUGGAAGGGUUUCAGUGUGGAAAUUCGACCAUGGGCUUAGGCCAAAUUCGAACAUAUUAAAGCAGGGUCAAUCUAUGAGGGUUUAUUAUCCCAAUUUUUGGAAACUGUGGUCUGGUUUGCCUGAUCAAGCAUUGGAAGGAAGGGUGAGAAUGAUGGAUUCUUCCUUGAAUAAAGGUACUUCCUGUCUUGAUGUUCAAUAUGGUAAUGAGAAAUUAAGAGAGCAGGUUUGCCCUGAAAUUUCACAUUACAGAUAUUCCAAUCCUGAGGAAUGUCAUUUAGCUUGCCAUGGUCCAUAUGUGGGUACUGAGAGACAUUUGUCACGCAUGACAACAGUGGAUACUCAGGAAGAUCUCUUGACUAGCUCUAAUUGUGACACACCCAAAAUUCCAUAUCAUGCUCUAUAUGAGAAUUUUCAUGGAGUACCCAUAAAUUGUGAGCCCAUUCACAGUGACCUUGACAAGAAACCACUCCUGAUUGAUAAACCGAAGGUAAUUAACAUCUCAGGUUUUUCAGAUAAUAUGGCUUAUAGCAAUGGAACAGAAUUCAGGUGCAAUAGUAAGCAGUCAGAUGUGGAACCAGGCAUUAACUCGUUUAGCAGUUAUAGAAAUGGCACUGAUAACAUACAAGGUGGAGUUGAAUCUUCAGUGGAUGUUUCUUUGUAUAGCCUUUCAUUGUCAUCCUCCAAAGAAGUGGGACCUUCUGUGCUGUCUUCUCUUGCUACCUGCAACAGUGCGGAUGCCAUGCUAAAACCUCAAUCAAAACCUGUGGAUCCUAUGGAUGAAGAGAAAUUCAGCACAGGGCCCCAAGUUGAUGAAUCCAAUGAAGUUGCACCCAAUCCUUCCUCUCAGAACACAACCAAAAUGGAAAAUGAUGACGUGCAUACAGAAGAGUUACAACAAGACCCUCCACAUGGUUUAAGCAUUGAUGAAAAGGCUGACAAUAAUGAAAGUUCUAAAUGCUCCAAGUUAACUGGUGGAAUGCCUAGUGACCUGAAUGCAUUUUAUACUCAUCUAGCCACUAGAGAGCUGCAGACUAUUAAAAAUGCUGACCUUGAAUAUAUAAAGGAGCUUGGUUCAGGCACAUUUGGAACUGUUUUCUAUGGAAAAUGGAAGGGGUCUGAUGUUGCCAUUAAGAGGAUGAAGCCAAGUUGCUUCACUGAAGGUUCAUUGGAGGAGGACCGAUUGGUUGCAGACUUUUGGAGGGAAGCACACUUACUAGGUCAGCUUCACCAUCCAAAUAUUAUGGCAUUUUAUGGUGUAGUUAGGGACGGACCUGUGACAAAUUUGGCAACAGUGACAGAGUACAUGGUCAAUGGCUCCCUACAACAAGUUUUGCGAAGAAAAGAUCGGACAAUUGAUCGUAGGAAGAGGCUUAUUAUAGCCAUGGAUGCAGCUUUUGGUAUGGAAUAUUUACAUGGGAAGAACAUUGUCCACUUUGACUUGAAAUCUCACAACUUCCUUGUGAAUAUGAGGGACCCUCAUCGACCAGUGUGCAAGAUUGGUGAUCUGGGCUUAUCAAAAAUUAAACAGAGGACACUUGUCUCUGGUGGAGUACGAGGGACCGUACCAUGGAUGGCUCCUGAACUUUUGAAUAGUGAGGACAGCAUGGUUACAGAAAAGGUUGAUGUCUACUCUUUCGGAAUAGUCAUGUGGGAACUCUUGACUGGGGAGGAACCCUUUGCGAAAAUGCGUUCUGAGGAAUUAAUAGCUGGUAUAAUCAAAGGCAACCUGCGACCAGAAAUUCCAAACUGGUGCGACCCUGCAUGGAGAUCAUUGAUGGAGAGCUGCUGGUCAUCUGAUCCUAACUCUAGACCAGCUUUCUCAGAGAUUGCAAAGGAGCUACGUACCAUGUCAGCAGCCCUGAACAUCAAGUGACAACUCUGAAGUUAAGCCAUAGGUUGAACUAUAAAUCUUGUUUGUAAAUAUUGUAGGAGCACCAAGAACAGGGCAUGUUGGGACGUGCUUAUAUUUUACCGUCCAAUGUCAUGUUUAAUCUGAUAAUAACAUAACCCUUCUUAAGGGUAGGUCAAGCCAGGUGUUGUUUUUGCAGUCACUGGUGUGAUACAUCAGUGUUUAGGCAGAGGCUGAUGUUUGUGAAAGUAAAAGAGCUGUAAUAUGGUUUAGUUUCAAAUACUUUGUAAGUCACCAAGGAACAGGUAAGACCUCGAUUGAGCUUGUAAUUUUUUUUUGUCAAGCUUCUAAUGGUCAUGCACUGCUGUAUAUACAGCUUGUAGCUCUC